AUGGCAGUGAUACAACAACUCUGGCCAGCCCUCCUCUCCCUGUCCCUGGCACUGGCACUGCCCACCGCCGCGAGAGCCACGCCCUCGCCAGACCCCAACAGCGCAAAAGCCUGCGCCGCCCUCUCGACCGCCCUGCCACACCUCGUCGCGCUGCCCAACACGCCCGCCUACGCGCAGCACAGCACCUACUGGUCCGCGCGCCAGACCGAGGUGCACCCGGCGUGCUUCGUGGCGCCCUCCACCACCCAAGAAGUGUCGCGGGCGAUCGCGCUGCUGACGAGCCUCGACGCGCCCUUCACCGUCAAGGCGGGCGGCCACACGGCCUUCGCGGGCGGGUCGAACAUCGCGGGCGGCGUGACGGUCGACCUGGCGGGGCUGGACGGCAUCGCGGUGGCCGCGGACCGGCGGAGCGUCGCGGUCGGCGCCGGCAGCCGCUGGAUCAACGUGUCCGAGGCGCUGGACCCGCUCGGCCUGGCGGUUGUCGGCGGGCGCAGCGCGACCGUCGGCGUGAGCGGCCUGACGCUGGGCGGGGGGAUAUCGUAUUUUUCCGGGCGGUACGGGUGGGCGUGUGAUAAUGUGCGGACGUACGAGGUGGUGCUGGCGUCCGGGGAGGUGGUGGAGGCGACGGCCGGGGGCAAGCACGCGGACCUGUACUGGGCGCUGAGGGGGGGCGGGGGGUCGAACUUUGGGGUGGUGACGCGCUUCGAGCUGAACGUGAUCGAGCAGGGCGACUUGUGGGCGAGCUCGGUGGUGUAUCCCGGCGUUGCGAACGCGACCGUAAUUGCGCUGAUGCACGGGCUGCUGGUGGAGGGCCUGGCGGCGCAUCCGGCGGCGCAUACGUACUUUGUGAUGACCUACGUCGCGGCGCUGGGCGGGUACGUGGUCCUCAGCGACCAGUUCCAUUCCACGCACGCGGACGGCACGGCCACGCCGGAGGUGUUUGCCGCCUUCCACGACGCGGCGCUGCCCACGCUGUCGGUCAACACGCGGUUGUCAAAUACGUCUCAGCUGCUGCGCGAUAUUGAAGAGCCCUUCGGUGACCGGCAGACGUCGUGGGAUACGACGGUCGCGGCGACUGCGACACCCGAGCUGCUGCUGGACAUUGUGCCGCUCUUCGAAAAGCACGUGGCUCGGCUGCUGGCCGCCGCGGCCGCCGCCAACUCCACCGUGACGCCGUACCUGGUCUACCAGGCCAUUUCGACCAACAUCAUUCAGGCGAUGCAGGUCAACGGAGGAAAUGCGCUGGGGCUGCGGCCCGAGGACGGGCCCAUUAUGAUUGUGCAAGUGACGACGACGUGGUCGAGCGCGGCACUAGACGACAUGAUCGAGAACAGCUCCAGGGAGCUGAUUGCCGAGGUCGACGCGCUCGCGGCGUCGCGCAACGCGACGUCCAAGAACGGGUAUAUAUACAUGAACUAUGCCGGCAAGACGCAGGAUGUGUAUGCGGGCUAUGGCAAGGAGAACCUCGCGAGGCUGCGGAGCGUGGCGAAGCAGUAUGAUCCCACCGGCAAGUUUCGGAACUUGUGGAAUGGGUAUUUCAAGCUGUGGUAG